CUUAUAUUUUUUAAAAUAAUAAAAAUGGCAAAAUCUAUACCAAAAAUUGGUUCACGUAAAAAUGGACGUAUUGGUUCACGUAAACAUCCUCGUAAAAUACCAAUGGGAGUUAUUUAUGUUCAAGCUAGUUUCAACAAUACCAUUGUGACUGUUACAGAUGUACGAGGUCGGGUGAUUUCUUGGUCCUCUGCCGGUUCGUGUGGAUUCAAGGGUACACGAAGGGGGACACCAUUUGCCGCUCAAACCGCAGCAGCAAAUGCUAUUCGAACAGUAGUAGAUCAAGGCAUGCAACGAGCCGUAGUCAUAAUAAAAGGUCCCGAUCUAGGAAGAGAUGCGGCAUUAAGAGCUAUUGCUAGAAGUGGUAUACUAUUAAGAUUUAUACAGGAUGUAACCCCUAUCCCACAUAAUGGAUGUAGGGCUCCUAAAAAAAGACGUGUGUAAAACUAAAAAGAAACAUUAAAGAAAGAGAUUUCAAGAGAAAUAAACAAUUAAAUCAAGAGUUUCAUAAAAAUAUAUUACUAUGAUUCGAGAAAAAGUUAAAGUAUCUGCUC